UUCUUAUACAAAAAAUAUCCAAUUACAGGGUAGUGAAAGUUGCCUUGGCUUGUGAACUACUUAUAUAGUAUAUAUAUUUGAUGUAAGAGUAUUGCAUAAAUCUACUUAGGCAUACAAGUAUUUGAAAAGAAAUCAAGCGUAAAUUCUACAAUACUUAAACGACUCUUAUAUUGAAAAUAGUGUGAAUUCUUAGGUCUCCAAGCGUUAACCAAGUUACAAAAAACUAUUUUGUGCAAACGCUUGCAGCGCAUAUAUUCUUUAGAUGGAAUGGAUCGCAAACCAAUGAUCAACGAAGCUCUUGAACUGGCGCUGGAAGCAAUUGACAAAGAGACCAAAUUCACCAUGAUUGAUACCACCACAAUAAAAGCAACAACCAAAACAUUGAACACCGCUACCAGCAACCCAAGCACAGCAAUAUCGACCACAACAACAACAACAACAGACAUGACAACCAUCACCACAAACUUGGCUCCAAAGGAGACGACAAAUAAAACCGACGAAGAGAAAGCUAAGACCAAGCAACAAAUCGUUGCAACUACACACAACUACAUCACGGCGGAAAUGGCCCGCGAGGCGCUCAUUUCGCAGGAACCCAUUUACGAGAAUAUCUCGGCAGCAUCUACGCGCCAAGUAGAUGCUGAGGCAACACGAAUCCAUUCAGCGAGCGCAUUGAAUGACAACAACAACCAAGUCUGCAACAGACGAGAUGUGAAUAAUCUAGCGGUGAAUCAAAUUAAUCAAUUGAACAAUAAUAUGAACAGCAACAGCAACAACAAUAAUAAUAUUAGUAUUGAUAAUUCGAAUGCUAAUAAUGUCAGUAAUAGUAAUCAAAAUAAUUUGCUAAGUAAUUUGACUAACAUUAGCAACAACAAUAAUAACAGCAAUAGCAAUAGCAAUAGCAACAACAGCAUUAGCUAUAGCGCUAGCGCUAGCGAUAACAACAACAAGCGGCGUAAUGUCGAUACAAAUUUUAUUGAAUUAACCAAUGCUUUCGCUAAUGCUACAACAAUAACAACAGCCACGGGCAUGCCAGCAGCAGCAACAGCAACAGCAACAACAAUAACAACAACUGCAGGCGCAUGCACAGCAGCUACAGCUACAGCUACUGCAGCGCUCAUAGCCAAUGAAAAAGCGCAUGCUAGUGACAACAAUGCUGCAAUUACAAAAACAACAACAACUCCAUCCACUGCAACGCUGCAAACGGAGCAGAAUUUACCAUCCCACACUUCCUUAACUUCCUCCACAAAACCCACCUCGACAACGCCUGAGCGCGCGCUCGCCCCCAACCCAACCGAUUUGGCAGAUCACGAGCCCUACUACCAGGUGCCCCAGUCCAGCGAACCCUACUACGAUGCGCCCAAGCACCUGCGUCCUGUGCCACUUUACGAGAACAUCGAGGUGUUCUACACCGGUUUGGAGAACUCCACACUGGCAGGCGGCACUGGCGCCGCUCUCAAUGGCAACUUCAAAUUGGAGCCGCCGAAGGAGAAGCCACCACCGCCGCCCAUCGAAUCGCCGCCGCCUUUCGAUGAUGUCGACAGCAUUGACAAUAACACAGACACUUGGUCGUCGGACAAUACUUACGAGACGAUUUCAUCGCGCUUGCCACACGUAAAUGGCCUGGCGGCCGAUCAUCCUUCGCCGCCCAUCAAGCGCAUGAACUCGACCAAGCGCAUCAAGAAGGAGUUGCGUAAUAAGCGCUCGAGUUUUCUGGGCAUCGACACGACGAAUUUGGACGAUGAGGAGAGUUAUUUGGAGUUGACGGUGGCACCGCCGCCCGAUAUGGCGCAGCUGUUGCAGGAAGAGCGACGCUUGGAGAAGCAAUUGUACCUGAAGGCGGGACUGUGCGAUAGCUCAGAUACAGGCGAGAGCCGCGACUCUGGCGUCUCCGAGAAUCAUUCACGUCAGAGCAGCGAACACUACACAAACUCGUCGGAGGAGAACGAUCGGCAAAUCGACUCGCCGCCACACAGCCUCAAGUCGAAUGAGCUCGUCUAUCAGAAUGAAGCGCUGCUGAGCGCCGUGCAAACGCCACUGCUGCAAACAGUCAAGGGCAACUGCGCCGAAUCGUGGACCGAGUCCGCUACCGUCGCCGCAGCGGCCACCAAAUCACUCACCGAGGCCACCGCCACCGCCAAUGCCAAAAUGCUCUCCAUCGAGGAGAAAAUACGCGAACAAGAGGAGGUGUUGCGUGUCGAGCGCGAGCUGCUGCAGCUCGAACAGGAGGAACUGAAGCGCCAGCGGGAGAAUUUAAUGCUGCGCGAGAACAUGGCACGACGUGAGCUACAACAUGGCGCCAAGAUGCUCAUGUCCGCCAAUCGUCGCUCAUUGCAGGACCUAAACGGUGUAGGUAUGUCAGUGGCUGGUGGCGGCACCGGUCUACCGCUGCCGAAUACUGCAGCCAAUUUAGCCUACCAAACAGCCGUGCCACAAUAUGCGCUUGCUGCGCAUCAUGGCGUGCAACAGCCGCCAAAACAACUAUUCGGCGCGCCCCUGGUAGCCGCGCAGCCGGUGCAGCAGAUUUACGCAAAUGUGCCCAAUUUGCAGCAGCAGUACUACCAAGUGGACAUCGACUACCGCAAAUCCAUGUCUGAUCUGCAAGAGUUCUCCAAGCGGCACAUGCUGCCGCCCACGCCACCAACCAAACCGAUGCGCGCCAUGCACGUGGCCAACGCAGCCAACACAGCUGAUGAACUGGCUGCGCAACGACAUUCGCUCAACGCACAAGUGGUGAAAAUAGCCGCACCCACUGCAGCGCCGCGCGGUCACACCAUUUACUCCAAUCAGCAAUAUCACCACCAAUCGACGCAGAAUUUAAACGUCAGCAGCGGCAGCGUCAGCGCGGUGAGCGCUGCACCGCUACCACCACCCGUCACUAACGGCCAUCAUCCAGCCUUGCCUGGCAAUAUGUCGCGCAACACGCUACUUGCGCUCAGUGCCACACCAAAACCCAAGUACACCGACGGCUGGGUGCAAAUACAGCAGCGCAAGUCUUUCGAUUCGAAUUUAGCCAACGAUCCUGCUUGGCUUUCCGCUUACCAACAGAAGCGCAAAUCCUUGCCGGAGGCAUACCAUGCCUACAACAACCAUUGGCUGGUGCAGGAGGCCGAACAGCGGCGUAUAGCAGAGCAGCGGCGUGGUAGCUCGACAGGCACAACGCCGGUGCAUCAGCAGAACGGCAGCGCUGUAGCUGCGGCAGGUGGCAUGAAGAGCGCGACGAGCAGCAAUGGCAAACCUCUACCCGACUCCAUCAUACAAACGCUGACGGAACGCGUUCAAAGCAAGGGUAUUGGUGAGCGAAAGAGAUUUGACAACUAUAAUACGCAGAGCGCUACUGCUUUGGAUAAAAGUCCGCUGCACGCCGCCUCCACAUACUACCAACACCAACACCAGCUGUCGCAGCCGCAAACGCCAACGCAUAAACGCCAUCUCAGCGCUGGCGGCAGCGGUGGCGUAGGCUCGACAAUUGCUGCAAUGCCACCACAAACGAAUGUGAAUGCUUCGCCGGCUCAUCAGCCACAACAACAACAACAACAACAACAGGCAGCAGCCACAGCAACAGGAAAAGUGUUGAGCGUCAGCGGCAAGAAGAAGUGUUCACAUUGUGGUGACGAAUUAGGACGCGGUGCCGCCAUGAUCAUCGAAUCGCUGCUACUCUUCUAUCACAUCAAUUGCUUCAAGUGUUGCGUGUGUCACGUACAGCUCGGCGAUGGCUUGAAUGGAACGGAUGUGCGCGUGCGCAAUCACAAAUUGCACUGCCAAAAUUGUUAUUCCAGCGACGAUGGCAUCAAAUUCAGUUGUGUUUGAGGGAGGCAAGUAAAAAAAACAAAAAGGAACCGCACUCUGCGACUAUUGACGAAAUGAAAUGGCUGAAGGAUGCGACAUACAACAUACAUAGAUAUAAAAUAAGCAGCUGCAAAAUGGGUAAAAGCGUAAUGAAAUUGAAGACUGGGGAAAGUGGAUGGUGGUAAAUAGACUACAUCACUAAAAAAAAGGAAGGAAAAAAUGCCAAAUUUGUUUCUUCAGUCAGAGUCAAACGUUGCAUUAGGCGCCUGAAAUGCUGUUAAAUGUUUAUGAUUGAUUUCAAGCUGCAUAUUGAAAAAAAAAAUAUUAAUGGAUGUUAAUAAUUUGCAUGCUUAUCUUUACAAUUUUUAAAAGUAAAAAGCAGUGUUUCAAAUUUUACAUUAAACGAAUUUUACAGAAAAAAUAUACAAUAUUUAGGUAAAAGUUUAACAAAUGCGCUAAAUGCUUAUGAUACUUAGAAAAAAAAAAAAAA